AUCCUCGUCCGACUAACGGGCCGAAGCGGCUUCAAACUCACCUCAAACCUCAGACCUCCAUCUCCUGCCAGACCUCCUCCUGUCCGCCUCCAUUGCAUCCCCCAGCAUCGCCAGGACAAUGUUCCUUCAACGCACAGCUUUCGCCGCCGCCCGGCGCACCCCCGCCAGAGCCUUCGCUGCUCGCCCUUUCUCCUCCUCCAUCAUUCGCUGCAACGCCCCCAAGCCCGGUGCUGAGAAGGAGGGGAAGAUCUUGCCUUUCGAGGAGAUCAAGACCGAAGAUGAUCUUCUGCCCCCCGGUGCCAAGCCUGGUACCGUUCCGUCCGAUAUCAGCCAGGCCACCGGUCUCGAGCGUCUCGAGCUCAUCGGCAAGAUGCAGGGCAUUGACAUCUUCGACAUGAGACCCCUGGAUGCCUCGCGGAAGGGAACACUCGACAACCCCAUCAUUGUCAAGGGCGCUGGUGACGAGCAGUACGCCGGUUGCACCGGUUACCCCGUCGACUCCCACCAGGUCAUCUGGCUGACCGUUUCGCGGGACCGCCCGAUCGAGCGCUGCGGCGAGUGCGGCAACGUUGUCAAGCUGGACUACGUUGGUCCCCUGGAGGAGGAGCACCACCACGACGACCACGGCCACGGCCACGGCCACCCCCCUCACGUCGAGCCCAAGACCUUUGCCGACUACGUCAAGCCCGAGUACUGGUACCGGUAAAUAUUCGGCCGAUUCUACCCUACGAUAAUUGCGCGAGUGUGUCGGCUUGAGUAAUGGGAAAAAAAAGAGAACUAUCGGACACUGCGAAGUUGAUACAAGGGCUGGCAGGCUGGCAUGCAGGGUUGAGAUUGUCGGGUGGGCUCGGCAAAUGGAAGAGUCAACUAAUAUCGUAUGACUCUUUCCUGGCUGCAAACGAGAC